AUGGCGAGGCCGGUGUUAUUGUUGGCGGGCAGAGAAGGAAACCUGUUCAUGACUGGAGCAGCCUCGUUUGACCUCAAGUGCCCGCGCAAGGCUUUGAACGGAGAGGAGAUGGACGCAGCUGUGGUGAUGCUGGGUGGGGAGCGGCAAAGAAUCCAGUCAAAAGUGUUGUUUAUCCUCCCUCUGGUCCAUUUUGAGCCCACGUUUGGUUCAAAGCGGAGGUAA